AUGACUUCGCAACCUUUACCCCCCCCGAUGACAAUCCUGAGCAAAUGCAACCGGACGAUGCCCCCCACCCCCCGGCGGACGCGGAUAGAGCGAGACGCGGUGCGAAACGUGGCACGAGAGGCGGAAGAACAGGGCUACGCAAUAAAGGGCCAUCAAGUCAAGUUCGCCCAACAAGGCGUCGCAAUCGCCGUGCUGAUCAGUUUUGCGUUUACACUGACAGGCUUGCAUGAGAUGGACUUGGAGCGCGAUGUCAUUAAUCAAGAGGGCGACACUUUUGAGUUUUAUGCCACCCAUCUUGUUGCUGCCGUAGCCACUCAGAUAUUCUCAUACAUGCAUGACUCGGGAGUUGCAUACGGUUGUAUUCGGACAGGGGAGGCUUUUGUCUUCCUACAUAUUCCUGCUGAUCCAACAGUACUUGAGUACUUUUUGUGUGUCCCAAAUAAAGAUGUGUUGGAGGAUGAUGAACACCGCCUCCACCGGACUGCCAUUGGUCAAAUGCUUGCAUUCACCCUUCAGGCACUAGCUGCUGAACCUCCAUCCCAAGAAUGGAAGGAGACCGCCGAUAAAGAGCUUGCUACUUGGGAGGUUGAAUACUUAGACGUCUUACGUGGUAUCCCCGAAACUAUUCGCAAGGAACCGCCACCCUCCAAUUAUCGGCCCUCACACUGGAAACCGGUUCUAAAAAAGCAUAAUACACGUUCCCGUGCUCGCUGUAAACAAGACGCAUCCACCCCGCACGGCUCACCAAAUGAGGAUAGCAGUAGUGAUGGGGACAUACCUUCACCGACUCCUGCACCAAUCGUGGGCAGUCGAUCAAGACGCGGGAAUAAGGAUUCAUCAGCUGGUGGGCGGGCGCAUUCCACCACAAAUAAAUCCCAGGCUUACUCUCGCACGGAACGACCUUCCUACCCGUAUUGUACCGUGGCUUGUAUUCGUGGUUUGAUUAACAAGGAUAUUCUAGAUGAGAAAUGCCCCAACUUUGAACAGCACCGCGGCCCAAAGCAUCCAAUUAAUGCGCUGGAAUUUAAACGCAUGCUGCAUCAGCAACUUGUCCAGGAUCGAGAAGAGGGAUUCGAACCGUUGGAUAUCCGGGGCCGGACGGGCUAUAUCAUAAAGGCAACUCUAUUGUCUCACGGUUCGUCGUCAACGACGCAAUUAUAA